AUGAUAAGAUUAUUUUAGUGUUAGCCAAUUUAAAGAAAUCCAGGAGCUUCAGGAUUUAGUUUAAAAAUUACAUUUGUGACAUUUAAUCCUCCAUAAAAUGCUAAAUUCUUAACACUACAACUAAGUGAUUUGUUGGGUAUAAAUUUUAGUAGUAUCACAAAAAUUUCAUACUAAGCUGUAAAUAACGAUUAAUUUUGUAAACUUGACAAAACCACUUCAAUAAAUGCUGUAUUUGAUUCCACCCAAAAAAAAAUUUCAAUUCCAAAUCCUUUCACAAUAUUAGAUACUAAUUCUUAAAUGCCAUGUAGUGGAUAAAAUGUACCUCCAAAUUGGUUAACUAUACAAAUAGUAAGUACCUUUUAAUAUGGAGGAACAAUAAAUAUUUAAACGUUUUAUGACUCUGUAUAAUAUGGCACAACUAAUUCUAUUGGCCUUUCUACACCAUUAUAAGUAUAACCAGAUAAUAUUUUAGAUGCAAAUAUAUAGUUUGGUUUCUCAUCAACUACUCCAUCGAAAAUUAUAUCUGAUAUAGGUGAAUACAGUUUAAAAGUGACAACUCCGACUCUCACUACAGCAAUAAAUUAAAUUGCUUUAACUCUUCCAAUGUAUUGGUAUCCUGAUACUCUUUUACCUGAUAGUGGCUGCUAGCAAACAUCAGUACCAUAAUAAGCAAGCUUCAAAUCUACAUUACUAAGUUCAUUAUCAGCAACUGUUACUACUGAUAAUCCAAAUGGUUUGUACAAAGUUGCAUUAAGUUUCACAUAAAUAAAUCUAAAUGGUUAAAUAGUUGAUUUAACUUUUUAAAUGACAAAUCCAUUUACAUCCGCUAAUAUAGUAUUAGAAGGAACCUAAUUGAUAAUUAUAGCAGCUUUUAAUUAUUAGUAGAGUCCUAGUUCAACUGUGUAUACUGCCUUUUAAACAUAAUUUUCAAAUACUAACGUGUAAGCAUCAUCUAAGACAUUUCCAGAUUGUAAUUAAAACGGAAAUGUAUAAAUACUAUGCUCUCCUACAAGUAAUGGAAGCUAUACUAAUUAAGCAUGCAUGUCAGGUUAGACUGUAUUUGUAAAAAUAUUGAUGUAUCCUAUUUUUUUUUAAGAUAUAUACUCCUCUGUGUAAUUUACUUUAUCUAAUCUUCCACCCAAUUAGCAAGCUAUAACUGGUAUUACGAUGCAAAUUUAAAAUGCUGGGUCACAAGCAGAUGCUGGGGUACCAUCGAAUUCUGUUAGUACCAACAAUUAAGUGAUAUUUUUUAAUCAAUAUUUAAAUGGUAAUGUAAAUUAUUAAUCCUAUCCAUUUAUUUGCAUGGCUGGCAUAUACAUACAAUGGUUAUCUAUUAUUAUACCAUCAUUUUAACUUCCUUAUGAUAUAGAUGGACUUAACAUAUCUGCAUAAUUCUUUGUUUAACCCUUUUUACCAUUAGCAGGCUAUAGUUAGUAUAAAAGGGAUCUCGUUUCUGACAAAAUCUUGAAUACUUAAUGCAGUAACACUAAAAUAUAAAUAAAUUAAAAUACUCUUAAAGCUGCUUAAGUAACAACUUCUAAUUAAAAUGACUUACAGGUAGGUGCAACUUCAGCAACUCACGAAUUUACAAUUAAAAGCUAAUUUUCAUUUCUUUCUACAUCCGGAAAAAUUUAACUUACUCUUCCCUCAUCUUUAUCAAUAAAUGCUGGUGGAACCUUUUCUUGUACUUUAAAAUUUAUUCUUACUGAUAAUUCACUGCUUUCUAAUCCCACUACAUGCACAAAAGCUGGUACACCUACUGUUGUUACCUUGUCAUAUACAUAUUCUGGAACUUAAAAGGCUAUUGGAUUUGUUUUUACUAUAAAUCAAGUGAAAAACCCAACAAUAAUAUAAUUUUCAAAGUUUUCAGUUUAAACAUUCUUGAGAAAUGGUGGUCUUUCUGAGUCUAAUGAUAAUUCAAAUACUUUUGGGUUUACCACUCUACCUGCUCCUUUUACUACAGCCUAGCUAGUAAAUAAUGCUCCAGGAGUAAAGAAUGUUUACACGCUUUCUCCUUACAAACUUACACUUAUCUCACCAGUUGAUUUGCUAACCACUAACUAAAUUAUUGUUAAUUUUCCAAAUUAUGUUUUAGAAAUAAAUAAUAUAUCUGUUACUAGUCCUUCAACUGGUAUCACUACUUCAUCAAAUAAUUAAUUUCCAUUAACAUUGACAUUUACUCAAUAAAUUACUGCUAAUACUCCAAUUAAUGUGCAGUUUACUAUAAGAAAUCCACCAGUUUCAAAUUUAGACUACUAAUUUUAAAUUGUUGCAUAUGAUGUUACACCAGAUAAAACUUUUUUAUAAAGCACUAUUAACUAUGGUAGUACAGAUAAUAUUAAAUUAGUAGGUUUUUCAUCUUUUGGGGUAAUUUCAAGUAGUCCUUAAAAUUUAGCAACAGCUGUGUUUACAGUAUCUUUCAAUCCUACUGUACUACUUGCCAAACCGUCUAUAAUGAUUUUAACUUUUACAGCACCAACUAAUACUCAUAAUUUUCUAAUAACUGCAUAAACAACUUGCUCACCUAUCACACCAGGGCUUACUCUAAGCUGCACUAUUAAUACACCUUCAACUAAUUAGUUGACAGUUACUUUCAAUACCGAUAUAUAGCCAUCUACAAACUAUCAAUUUAAUAUUUAAAAUGUUUUAAAUUAUUUGAGUACAUCUCCAUACCAAAUAACAGGAGAUCUUGGGUACUCAUAAAAUUAGGUUGGAAAUGAAUCAUCUUAGACUAUUUAAAAUACAUAAUUUUAGAGCUUAUCUACAGUAUAAUUGGUGAUUACAAACAGCUAACUAGGAAUUGCAAGUUAAUAUUAAUUUAAUAUCUAAACAGUAUCUCCUUUCCCAUAAAAUGGUAAUAUAGUUGUAACAGCAACUGAUCUAGUAUAAUUUGUACUGCCUUCUAGUGUAACUGUAAAUUUAUCUACUUGUACAGGGUCAGCGGGUGAUACUACAUCUAAAUUAACUUUAUCUUCUUGCUAUCCAAAUUAAGACCCAUCCUUGAUUACAAUGUCUGUUAAUAAUCCUAACUAAUUAAUUCAGAACUCAAAUACUCCAUUCACUAUAACUCUCAAUGAAAUAGUUGGCGGAACGCUUUAUCCAAUUAAAUAAUACACUUCUCCUAAUCUCGUAUACAAGAAUAAAUGUAAUGUAUCAUCAUUUUGUAAAACUUGCUAAGAUGCCAAUCCUUCAAGCUGCUUAACUUGCUAUCCUCAAAAUACUAUUUAUUAUUAAUCUUAAAAUGUAUAUGUUUAAGAAAUAAUUUUAAAUAGUGUACCUGCUGUUCCAAAUUGUGUGGCUAGCUGUCCAGCAUAGUCUUACUAAACUACUCAAAGUGGAUAAAGUAUAUGCGCAUCAUGCAGCCCGCCAUGCACAGCUUGUAUGAAUUCAUCUACUUUUUGCACUUCCUGCUCAGGCAAUCUUUACUUAGAUCCAACAAUAAACACUUGCAGCGCAAAUUGUCCUAAUCUAUAUUUCUAGGGAUCUAACAAUAAAUGUUAACUUUGCUCAACUGUAGGAAAUUGUUUAACUUGUUCUUCUGCUGGUGUAUGCACUUCAUGCGAUCCCAACUUUUAUAAAAAAUAAAAUACAUAAUGUGUAACCUAAUGUGAUAGCUCAUAUUACCUAGCUAAUGGAGGAACAGAAUGUAAACCUUGCCCCACAGGAUGCAAUACUUGUACUUCUGAUACAAACUGUACCGCUUGCUCUGUUGGAUAUAUUAAAUAUUAAACAACAUGUGUUUCAAGCUGCCCUUCAGGAUAUUCAAGGCUUAUGCAAGGCGGAGUAUAUGUUUGUGGUCUAUGUGAUCCAAAUUGCUAAGCUUGUGAUACCAUAAGCACUACUUGUACUUCUUGUUACCCUAACACAUAUUUGUAUAACUAAAAAUGUAUUACAUAAUCUUAAAUACCUGCUGGUAACUUUGGAGACAAUGCAACAUGGACAGUCUAACCUUGCAUGAAUUAUUGUGUUGCAUGUUCUUAUAAAUCACUGUGUACUACAUGCUCUUAAUCAGCAGUUGUUUAUUAAGGUGUCUGUUACACUACUUGUCCUAGUAGUGCUCCUGUACCAGACGGAGCUGGUGGUUGUAAAUAGGCAAUUGUGCCGGCAGCAGUAUCAGAUAAUAGCUCUAAAGUAGUACCCUUCCCUAUGCUUUUGUCAUGCAUAGCAUUCUGCAUAUCUGUAUACUUCUCUAAAUAUGAAAAACCUCAAACAUUUGUUCCUGGUUGCAUUGUGGGUUUUUGUGCUCUCUUUGAAUGGAUAUCUUGGAUAAUAUUGAUAGCGAUAUGCUAUUUAAAUGAUGGAAUUAUGUCAAUAACUACAAUUGCUGCUGCCGUAGGAUUCGUCCUUAUUUACCUAUUUAAUUUAGUUUAUUACAUAUUAUACAGAAAAACAAUAUCUAAAGAUACCUCAUUUAUGGAGUGGGAAUUAUCUCAUAAAAAUAGGAUGUGUAAAAAUGUAUCAAUAUUUUUUUCAUGCCUCAUUUCCUUCAAAAUUUAAAAAAUUAUCUUCUGCAAGUAUUUUAACUAAAACUUUUUUAAGGCAAAACUUAAAGAUAUUGACUUAUUAUCUCCUUUCAAUAAAGUUUCUGUGCUAAGUGUUAUAUUUAAUAGCUUCUUAAUUAUUUUAAGUGCAGCCAUAUUUAGCUAUAAAUAUCAAAAUUCCACUUAGAUUUAUAUUUUAAGUCUAGAUACAUUGCUUGUGACCAUUUUUAUGAUUAUUUUCAUGAUUUGGGAGGCAUUGAAGAAUGAAACCUUCUUUGAAGAAAACUACAAUAUGAAUUUUGAACAAAUGAGCUAAUUUACUCAACGAUUCUUCCCCUUCGACUAAUCUUACAUGGAGAGGGCAAGGUAAAGAUCAGUUUAUGGACAUCUUAAAAAAUCAGAGUCAAAUUCUAGUCUUACCGAAUUUGGCAAGGAUAACAAAGUGACUAAAGUAGAACAAUUACAGUAACCUUACAGUUAAGUAAUGGACCCAAAUGAUAUUUCAACAAAUGCCGCUAUAGAUAGAAAUGUAUUAAAUAACUCUAAUAAUGGAGCACCUUAUCUUAUUCAGGAUGAGUUAUCAGAGUCCUCUAAACCUGGAAAAAAGAGAUAAUUUGAGAAAAAGCAUGUUGCUCCUGUAUUUGACCAUAAAAAUUUCCCACCUAUAGAAGAAAACUCAUUAGAAGAUGAGGAUGAAGAUUAUUAUGAUGAAGAUUAUUAGAAUCAAACUAUGAAAAAAAUGGUUGGGGCCUCUAAUAUGGCAGGUUUAGCAAAUUCAAAAGGCUUUGAUAAAAAUAAAAUGAUAUCUCUGGAUGAUUAAGAAGAUUUAGAAAAUUAAAGAAACAAAAAUUUAAAUAAUUCAAACUAAUUUUAAAACAGUAACGGCUUCAACAAAAAUAAUGGUAGUGAUUAAGUCCCCUCAUAGUUAAAUUAAAGUCACACAGUUUACUAUGAUCCUUAAGAUCCUUCAGGAUAAAUGAUGAACAAUGUAAGUAUGGGAGUAGGAUUGCAAGAAGAUGAAAAUGAUGGAGAAGGAGAAGAGGUACGCUAACGAUUAUUUUCUAAAUAGUCUGGUGAUGAAAAUAUGAAAGAAAAAGCAGCUUUGAUUGCAGGUACUUCUUUAAUUGGAGGAGCAGUAGUAGGUGCUGCAGCUGCCUAAAGUGCAAAUAAUAAGAAUGAAUAAUAGUAAUUAGUUGACUAAAAUGGAAAUAGGAUAGAUAAAGAUGGCAAUCUUAUAGACAAAGAUGGUAAUAAAAUUGAUAAAGAAGGCAAUAGAAUUGACAAAAACGGUAAUAAGAUUGAUAAAGAUGGAAAUAUGAUUGAUAAAGAUGGUUAUAUAAUUGAUAAAGAGGGGAAUAAGAUUGAUAAAGAUGGAAAUAAGAUUGAUAAAGAUGGAAAUAAGAUUGAUAAAGAUGGAAAUAAGAUUGAUAAAGAUGGAAAUAGAAUUGAUAAAGAUGGAAAUAAAAUAGACAAAGAUGGUAAUAGGAUCGAUAAAGAUGGUAACAGAAUUGAUAAAGACGGUAAUAGAAUUGAUAAAGAUGGUAAUAGGAUUGAUAAAGACGGACAUAGAAUCGAUAAAGAUGGAAAUAGAAUUGACAAAGACGGGAAUAGAAUUGAUAAAGAUGGAAAUAAGAUUGAUAAAAAUGGUAAUAGAAUUGACAAAGAUGGGAAUAGAAUUGAUAAAGAUGGUAAUAUAAUUGAUAAAGAUGGUAACAGAAUCGAUAAAGAUGGAAAUAGAAUUGACAAAGAUGGAAAUAGAAUUGACAAAGAUGGAAAUAGAAUUGACAAAGAUGGAAAUAGAAUUGACAAAGACGGCAAUAGGAUUGAUAAAGAUGGACAUAGAAUUGAUAAAGAUGGAAAUAAAAUUGAUAAAGAUGGUAAUAGAAUUGACAAAGACGGCAAUAGGAUUGAUAAAGAUGGAAAUAGAAUUGACAAAGACGGGAAUAGAAUUGAUAAAGAUGGUAAUAGAAUUGAUAAAGAUGGAAAUAGGAUUGAUAAAGAUGGUAAUAGAAUUGACAAAAAUGGUAACAGAAUUGAUAAAGAUGGUAAUAGAAUUGACAAAGACGGUAAUAGGAUUGAUAAAAAUGGUAAUAGAAUUGACAAAGAUGGGAAUAGAAUUGAUAAAGAUGGUAAUAGAAUUGAUAAAGAUGGUAACAGAAUCGAUAAAGAUGGAAAUAGAAUUGACAAAGAUGGUAACAGAAUUGAUAAAGAUGGAAAUAAAAUUGACAAAGAUGGUAACAGAAUUGAUAAAGAUGGUAAUAGAAUUGACAAAGACGGCAAUAGGAUAGAUAAAGAUGGAAAUAGAAUUGACAAAGAUGGCAAUAGAAUUGACAAAGACGGCAAUAGGAUUGAUAAAGAUGGACAUAGAAUUGAUAAAGAUGGAAAUAGAAUUGACAAAGAUGGUAACAGAAUUGAUAAAGAUGGUAAUAGAAUUGACAAAGACGGUAAUAGGAUUGAUAAAGAUGGUAACAGAAUUGAUAAAAAUGGAAAUAAAUUAGAUAAAAAUGGAAAGGUUUUAGAUGAUAAAAACAAAAAGGCUGAAGAUGACAUGUUGUUUUAUUUUAAUAAUCCUCUUAACGACUAAAAUGAAUAAAAUAAAAACAACCAAAAGGAAGGAUAAUAGGAUAAGACAAAAAAAGCUUAAAAUUUAGAUGAAAAUAAGGUAGAGAAAAUUAUGCCAGAAGUCGAAGAUUUGGAUGAGGAUUUAUCUAAAAAAGAUAAAAACUAAAAUGAAAUGGGUAAAAAUAAGAAAAUGAUAACUCCUAAUGAUAUUGUAAAAGGAAACAAUAAGAAUCAGAAAGGUCCAUAAAAGAACAAUUUGUUUGGUACUUCAGAUGAUGAAGGAGCUAAUCAAAAUUCAAAAAAGAAAAAAGGACAAUCUGAAAAAAAGAACAAUAUUUAUGAUUCUGAUGAAAGUUUGCACACAGCUAGUGAGGCGGAAAUGAAUUUCAAUGAAAUUAGUCCAACAGACUUCAAUAUACUUAACUAAAGAUAUGAAGAAGACUAUUUUGUUUAACCACCUUAAAGUGCACUUUAAAUGUAACUUCUCUAAUAAAGCUUGAGUUAACUAAAUAGAAAUAUUUCUAGCAGCCAAAGUUAAGCCUUUAUGAAUAAUACUGGGUUCGAUGGAAAUAAUACAAGGUAAUCAUAACCAUAGGCAGGAUAGUUCACAACUGGAGUUGGAAAUAGCUAAGGAUUUGAUAAAAAGAUGGUGAAUUAAUUUGGUUAGAACAAUAUUGAUGGCUCAAGCAAAUUAUAACAAAAUUAAUAAAAGUAAAAGACUUUACAGCCAAGUAACUCGAAUUUAUCUAUGAACAGUUAAAAUCCAUAAAAUGGUAUGAACAAAUCAAAUAGUCCAGUGAAAAGGUAAAAGCAGGUUGGACUUAAUAACUCACGCUCUUAAAAUGUUAAUGCUCUCUCAGUAGACAUAAAGCAAAAUACUUAGCCUAACAUUUAAGGAUAGAGCAAUAAUCUAAGUACAAUCAACUCAAAUAAUAAUGGAAAUAUUAAUCCUAUAUUAGCUAAUCCUAAUGCAAAUGGCAAUACAACAGACUAACUCUUAAUAGAAAACUUCGAUGAUUUUAAUAAUAACACUUCUUCUUAAACUGCUAUACCUUAAGGUUUUUACCAAAAUCAAUUUAAUUCAAGUUUUAACAAUUAAGAUCCUCGAAUGAGCUACACUUAAAUGAAUAGAGGCAAUCUAAGUAGUAGGUCUAAAGGUAAUUCACCUUCAAGUUAGAAUAUAGCUUACAAAGUUCCUGCUGUUGACGUAAACAAAUUAAAGAAUUUAGAAAAGAUAUAUCUUCAAAGAAUAGAAGCUAAUGUUAAUUCCUCAUAAAGCUCUAGAAAGAAUGCCUUGAAAAAGAAAAAAAAGAAAAUCUAGAGAGAAUUAUCACACACGUCUAAUCUUUAAGUAAAUCCAACUUAAGGAAUGAAAUCUCCUGGAGACAUGUCUGAAAUUUAUUUUGGAGAAAGAGGUUAGAAAUUUGACCCUACAAUGUUAGACCAUAAUGGAGAAGAAGUUAUUGAUUUUGAUGAUGAAGAAGAUGUUGGACCUGAAAAUGUAAAUUUUGAUUAAAACUUUUGA